GUUAAUUUCAUUUUAAUAACCGCAGCGUAAUUUCAUUUGAUGUAGUUUAAAAUAAUUUGUAAAGUAUAUAGUGUGUACACAAAAAAAUAUCAUGGAUAAUCAAUCGAAUUCCACCAAUGAUCCAGAUUUUGUUAUAGAAGAUAAUAUAAUUAAAGGAAACUAUGAACCUUUUUCAACAGAAUACACGAAUAUUGGAAAAUUACUUUUAGAUAAAAUGAAAGCUAAACCCAAUUUUAUUGGUCAGAUAGACGUGAUUACCGAAGAAACGUAUACAUUUUCUAAAAUGUAUGAUUAUACUGUAAAAUGUGCACAAUGGUUGCGUCAACAAGAAAUCAAAAGAGAUGAUGUAAUAGCUCUAUGCACUUCGAUUACUAUUGAAAGUUUUGCACCAUUAUUUGCAAGUUUUUGCGUUGGUGCAAUAUUUACACCAUGGAAUCCAGAAAUGGAUAUACGUGAGACACGUUACUACAUGAAAUUAUCUGGUGCAAAGAUAGUUUUUGCGAAUGAAAACUCGGUGGAUAAAAUAUUGGAAGCUGCUAAGUUAGAAAAUCAUGAUAUCAAAAUCGUCGUAUUUGGUGAAUCUUCGAAUGCAAUACCCUAUUCAAAAAUUCUCAAUAGUAAUUGCAAUUUAGAUGUGAAUAAUUUCGAAUGUACAGAAAUAGAUAACGUACACGAUUCAGCUGUACUUCUUUAUUCGUCUGGUACAACUGGUCCACCUAAAGCAGUUCUAAUCUCUCAUUUUGUAUUUUUGUACAAUGUCAUUUCACCUUAUGGUUUUAACGUCGAAGGAAUUCCAUUAUGGUUCUCACAAUACUUUUGGAUAACCGGUGUAUUAUUAACAUUGAGUGGUAUUGCAAAUUAUUGCGUAAAAUUACUUUAUCCUCAAUUCGAAGAAGAAAUGGUGUGUCAAAUUAUCGAAAAGUAUAAGGUUACAUGGACAUUUUUAUCACCAAGUAUGAUAAAUAGAAUAAUAAAGUCAGGAUAUUUUGAAAAGUAUGACAUGUCGAGUGUUAGAAAAACAAAGGUUGGUGGAACAGCAUUUAGCCUUGAAAGUGGAAUUAGACUUAAAGGAUACUUGCCAAAUGCCAAUAUCGUACAACACUAUGGAAUGACCGAACUUGGUGGUAUAAUAACAACUACAAGACCCAAUCACAAAUCGGGUAGUGUUGGAACAAUAACAAGAAAUGUACAAAUUAAGAUCAUUGAUUUGGAUAAUGGACAAUCAUUGGGUCCAAAUAAAACGGGUGAAAUUUUAGUUAAAUCUAUAACAAUGAUGAAUGGUUAUUAUAAUAAUCCACAAGCUAACAAGGAUGCUAUAGAUGCUGAUGGAUGGUUGCAUACAGGUGAUCUUGGAUAUUAUGAUGAAGAUGGUGAAAUAUUUAUUGUCGAUAGAUUAAAAGAAACUUUGAAGUAUCGAAGUAUUCAAGUUUCCCCAUGGGAAAUAGAAAGUUUUUUGUUAAAACAUCCCGAUGUUGUUGAUGUUGCCGUUGUGGGUGUACCCCACCUUGUAGAUGAUGAACACCCUAUUGCAUUUGUAACCAAAGUUCCCAAUUCGAAGGUAACCGAACGAGAACUUCAAGAAUUUGUUGCAAAAAAUAUGACGGAUCAAUAUCACUUAAGAGGUGGUGUGAAAUUUUUAGAAAAAAUGCCAUAUACAAAUUCAGGAAAAAUUGCAAGGAAAGAUCUUAAAAUUAUGGCUAAAAAUUAUCAAACUAAUUGAUUGGUAAUUCGAUCGAAAUUUUCGUUCGAUUGAAGUCAGAUUAUUUAUA